AUGCGAGCACUAUGCGCAAGCGAGCGCGGCUACGUGCGGCCGCCUCGUGCACCCCCCAACGCGGAGAUUGAGCACAUCAUCGAGUCCGGCGCGCUGCACAUCUGCAUCUACUCUACGAAGCCGAUCGCUAGCGGAAAGGAGGUCACCAUCCCGUUCGACUACAAGUUCCGCGAGUGUGAGUAUGAGGUGGACUGUGGGUGUGCAACGCCGGCAGCCUGUCCCGUCGCACGCUUCAACCGUCGCUUCCAGCCGCGACCCUCCGCCGCCGCCGCCGCUGUCACCCCGGCGAAGGUCGCAGCCUCGGAGGACGACGACCGCAAGAGGGCGCCGGCGACGCGGCGGCGACGCAAGAGUGGAAAGACGGUGGCGCGGAGACGCCUGUCAGAGGGCGCUGACUAUGAGUGGAGGGACUGGGAGGGUGAGGCGCAGGGCGGCGGCGGUGGCGGCAGUGCAAAGGAGACGAGGUCAAGGGUCAAGGCCAACCGACGCAGCGCGGCGCUGUCGCCCGUGCUGCGGAAGGCGUCCGAGGUCGUACCGGAGGUGAGUCGAAUCUGCCCAAGGAAUUCCGAUUCCGAGCGCGCUGUUCCGAAAAUGCGAUCAGGGAGGGGGAACGUUAUAACUUUAUCGGUUCGAAAAGGUUCAAUUCACACGCAUGCGAAGGUUUAACGAUUACUGUAUUGAAAUGAGCGAUUAAAAAUUGAAUAAUAGCAUUAAACUAACUAUUGCGAGAUUUUUGCUCAGAAAAACUAAAUAUAGCUGAAUAUAGUCUCACCUGAC